AGGCAUUAUGAAUGGCAAAGAUGAGAAUCAGUUUUUAGAUAGUCAAGAGGGAGAAGACUUUCCGUCAAAGAAACGUUUCUCUAGCGAAAAAGAUAUUGAAUUAGGUAACACUGAUCAUUCAAUUAAAAAAGCGAAAGUAGAAGAAAAUGCUAGUAAUGAAGACGAUCCAGCACCAACAGGAUCUCUUUCAAUAAACGAUCAAAUUUUCGACGAUUACAACGAGGAAACUGAUCAAGAUUGGGCCACAGGUGGAAGUGACAGUGAGAGUGAUGGCAGUAUUAUUGAUCAGGGUUUGCUAUCACACCCUGCUUUUCACUUGGACGAAGACGAUGUCGAUGUCGAUGGACCUGAGGAUGAAAGUCAAUAUCAACAGGCAUGGACAAGCUUUACUGAAGAAGAAAAAGAGCAACUCCAAGAGGAAGCAAGAGAAAAGGGUUUAAUGAAGUUUAUCGACAAGUAUUUGAUGCAAGAAUCGAUUCCUGUUCCCAAAAUGUUAGAGGCUUUCGAUAUUUACAUGCAUCCAAAAGCAGCCUUACUAGCUACCGAUAUUGAGCUACUUCCGAUUUUAAAAAGUGUUAUUACUCGUUACUUACGUAAACGACGUAGAUUGGAUUAUGUCAACACUUUAGAUGAUGUAGCUAGUCUACUGGCUAAAGCUAAUAAUAUUAUGAUCGUAACAGGCGCCGGUGUUUCUGUGUCAUGCGGUAUCCCCGAUUUUAGAUCAGAAAAAGGAAUAUACUCUAGAUUACAGGAAUAUGAACUAGAUGAUCCUCAACAAAUGUUCGAUAUUGAAUACUUUCGCGAAUCACCCGAGAUAUUUUAUUCAUUUGCCAAAGAACUUUACCCUGCUAAAUAUCAACCUAGUCCUAGUCAUUUAUUUGUAAAGUUAGUCGAAGAAAAAGGAAAACUGCUUAGAAAUUACACACAAAAUAUUGACACGUUGGAACACAAAGCCAACAUCAAAAGACUUGUAAACUGCCAUGGAAGCUUCGCUACUGCUAGCUGUGUUACAUGUGGAUAUAAAGUGGAUGGCAAGGAAAUUGAGGAAUAUAUAAUGGCUCAGCAAGUACCCCCAUGUCCAAAAUGUGCUCUCGAAACUAAGCCUAAUAAAAGCGAAGAAGAUCAAGUUGACGGCGGUGUAUCAAUUAUGAAGCCUGACAUUACAUUUUUCGGUGAACGACUUCCUGCAGAAUUUGAUAAUUUACUUGCUGUUGAUACAGAGCAAGUUGAUUUAUUGAUCGUCAUGGGUUCUUCAUUAAAAGUGUCACCUGUAUCCGAAAUCAUGUCACAAAUACCUCAUAGCGUACCCCAAAUCCUCAUCAAUCGCACACCUAUCACACAUAUGACAUUUGAUAUACAACUACUUGGUGAUAGUGAUGUUAUUGUGCCAGAGCUAUGUCGAAUGUUAAAAUGGGAUUUGAAGCAUCCAAGUCUACCUGGAGGUGGUGCUUUGAGCGAAGAGAGCAUCAAGUUAAGUCAGGACGGUAACAAUGAGAAUAAAAAAAUUUGGAAGUUCUGGAGAGAUGGUCUUUAUACUUUCCCUGGCGCUGUUAUAGAUCCAAAAUAUGUGAAUAAUGAGAGGUAGAGUCUAUCAUUUGCUAACAAGGGAGCUAUCUACUAAAAUAAUUCGACUAGAUGCGACGAAAGAGGUUGUUUGGGUAGCGAUGAUGAGAGUUCAAGUGACGAAGAAAAGGAAGCAGUUACUGUCUUGCCUGAAGAACAUGUAGAGGAGGCAAAAUGUACAUAAUUUUAUUCUAUUAAAACUCCAUACUGUAAAUGCUACAUGUCCAAAGCUACUUUAUCAAGAAUUCCCCUGUAUUGACUUUGCUGAUUGAAUGAUUUGUAUAUUAAAUGUAACUAAAUAAUUCUGUA